AUGAUUGGCAUAAAAAUGCUGUCUAGGAAUAGCAAACAGCUCGCUAGAGCUUUCACUUGGGGAGAAUAUUACCCUAACCGCAAUCUUUAUGUCGCUGGCGGGCAUAAAUACAAUACUCGUUAUAAAGACUUCUGGCAACAACAUCAAACCUAUGGACUGGAAGGCAAAGAGCAUACUUACACUCACACUGAAAAAGAUUACAAAAUCCACAGGCCAUGGGACACCUUUAUGUUUUGGUUCAAAAUCAACAUCGCUGGGCAGUGGGAUUUCUUCACUUAUAGGUACUUAAGAGCGAUGGAUUACUGCACAAUGGCGCUCGCACCCAUUGGAAUUGCAACUUUUGCAGUGUUGGGUGCUGCAGUCUUCAAGCCACUUUACAUGUACUCACUGGUGUCGACUGCGGUGCUUUACUAUAGGCUCAGAGACAAAUGCUCGCACCCAGAAUUUGACGAGCUAGGCAUCAAGGAUUUGCUUUAUUCAAAUGAGACUGUGAAGAAAUAUUUCAAUGACCAAAACUCAUAUGUGAUUGACCAAUAUCAAGAGUAUGAUAUAUUAUAAUGGAUAAUUAAAGCAGGUGUAAUAGUAGUUUAUAUAUGGGCUAAUUUCAAUUAAAAACAGCAUAAAUUCAACAUUGAUCAAUUCCCUGAAUAUGGAACUAACAAACUAGCAAGAUUUUUCAAUGUAGACUGCAAUACAACGACAGGGUAUUUGAAGAUGUGCGACUUACAAACCGACGCAAGAAUGACAGUCCACUUUAAAACCAUGCCUUGGAGUGACCAGAAGUUUUUCUGCACACAUCCUUUCCUGUUUUAUGAUUUGUGGGCAGAAAUCAACUGCAAAGGUGUGUAUGAGAAGAUUGUGUUCAUUGACCCUAAGAAAGUGAAUAAGAAGAUAUUUAUCAGUCUUUAA